AAGAUGGUACACCAAUCUUUUUGUGUAGAAGUUUAGAUGUGGUGGCACAUGAAGCUGGCCACUCCUUUUUGGAUAUUUUACAACCUCAAUGGAGAUCUGAUGGACAAACUGGUGGUUUCCAUGAAGCUUUCGGUGAUUUAUGCAGUUUAUUUGUUCUUAUCUCUAUGGCCGAUAUUGCAGAUUUAUUUGUUACUUUAACAAAAGCAAAUUUAAGAGACCCGAACAAUUUCUUAUCAGCUGUAGGAGAAGAAUUUGGAGACGCCUUAUUCAAUAAUAAAGGAAAAGGUUUAAGAAACUUAUCUAAUGAUCUUAUAGGUUCCAAAGCUCAACCCGAAGUACAUGCUUUAUCUUUGGUUUUCAGCGGAUUUUAUUAUGAUGUAUUAGUUGAUGUAUUUGCAUUAGAAAGGAAUCCAGCAAUUAAGGGUGACACUGAUACUUUAUUGGAUGUUGCGACUGCCUUGCGCAGAGCUCUUAUUAUUGCAAUACGAGUAUCUUCCGAAAGUUCAACAAAAACAAAAUUCCAAGAACUUGCAACAAAUUUGGAAACUGCUUUUGAAACUUUAAGUAGAAGAUUAGGAGUAAAUUUAUCUAGCUGGACAGAAGUUGUACGAAAGCAUGCUAAAGCUAGAGAAUUAUCUAUUGCUGGCUUGAGUUAAAGAGUUACAUUCUGUAGUUUUUGUAAAAGAAAGAA